AAUUAAUUUGGUCAAACUAGUGGAGGAGUUUUUUUCAUACACAGAUUGAUUUCACCUUCUUCUCAAACACAAUCUUUUCUUCUCUUCCUUAGACUUAGAGUCACAAUCUCACAUCACUCAAAGUUUCAGAAUCAGAAGAUAACAAUUAAUUGAUUUAAUCAUAAUGUCAAUUGUAUUAUUCUCUGCAGCAGCAGCAGCUACAAAACUGUGUCCGUUAUUUCCUACUUACAGUAAAAUAUCACCGUGCCAUCAUCGUCCAAUUCUUCGAAAUUGGAGCUUGAAAUCGAGGACGCAACUGUUAUGUAGCAAUUCUUUGAAAUCUGAAAUUUAUACGAAUGAUAAGUUUUCAAAGGUUGGUGCACUGUCGACUGGUCCUAUUCAACCUGCUCACCUCAUUCAAGUUGCUACAAUUGCUGCUCAGACUGGUGCUCAGGUUGUGAUGGAUGCUGUUAAUAAGCCACGGAAUAUUACGUAUAAAGGAUUAACUGACUUGGUGACUGAGACGGAUAAAAUGAGUGAAGCAGCCAUAUUAGAAGUGGUGAAGAAGAAUUUUGAAGAUCAUCUUAUUCUUGGGGAAGAAGGAGGUGUUAUAGGAGAAGUAGCUUCCGAUUAUCUUUGGUGCAUUGAUCCCUUAGAUGGGACAACAAACUUUGCACAUGGCUAUCCCAGUUUUGCUGUUUCUGUUGGGGUUCUAUAUCGAGGAAAGCCUACUGCUGCUACAGUGGUUGAGUUUGUUGGCGGUCCUAUGUGCUGGAAUACUCGCAUUUUCACUGCAACCUCUGGUGGUGGAGCAUUCUGCAACGGCCAGAGGAUCCAAGUGAGUGCAACUGAUCAGGUGGAACGAUCUCUUCUAGUGACAGGUUUUGGUUAUGAACACGAUGAAGCCUGGGCUACUAAUAUAGAACUGUUCAAAGAAUUUACGGAUGUCAGCAGGGGUGUAAGACGGCUUGGUGCAGCUGCCGUGGACAUGUGUCAUGUGGCUUUGGGAAUUGUAGAAGCUUAUUGGGAAUAUCGUCUAAAGCCAUGGGAUAUGGCUGCUGGUGUUUUGAUUGUAGAGGAAGCUGGUGGCACAGUUUCUCUGAUGGACGGAGGAAAGUUUAGUGUUUUUGAUAGAUCUGUUUUGGUUUCAAACGGUGUGCUCCAUGAAAAGCUGCUGGAGAGAAUUGGACCUGCAACAGAAGAACUAAAAAGUAAGGGAAUUGAUUUCUCAUUAUGGUACAAACCUGAGGACUACAGGACUGACUUUUAAACAGACAAUGAAGGCACCAACAACUAUUUUUCUUGUUCAUUACAUUUUUUAUCACCAGUAGAAAUCUUACUAUAAUUGUUAUAUAUUGAAUUUGGAUGAAUUAUUUAUGAUUAUAUGUUCAAAAUUCCAUACAUCUUAACAAAUUUUGAUCGGUAAGAAUUAAAAUUACUGAGCUUGA